AUGGCAAACUCUGGUGUUUUUGUUGAUAUACGAGACGGACGUACGCACGAUCCUGAUGGAAAAUGCAUUCACUGCCCUUCCGUAAAAGUUAGGAAGGAAGUUCUCUCGGAAUGCCCGAAAUACUGGGUUUUCAAAUUUGAAGGUACUGGCGAUGGAAAGAUAUGUGAAGUCAAGUAUGGCGGAGAAAAAAUCCGAUUGAAGAAUGAAAAGGGAGAGGGUGAUCCUUUUACGGCUACUGACAUUGAUGCAGUAGCUUAUUAUUACGAUCCCCUGUUUAACUUUGAUUGCAUCUCUAGGCCACUUUUGUUGAGCCUUAGAAAGGGUGGUCAAUGUGUCUGGUGCAAAACCACUGGGAACGGUGUUGACUGGACAAGGUUUGAUGGACCCUGCACGGACAAAUUUCCAGAUGACUUCAAGGAUGUGCUUGAUAAGCUUGCGUCCUCAGCAUGUUCUGGACAUACUUAUGGUUUGGAUUGUGUUAAUAAGGAUAGUGAGAAUGCCGAUAGUACCACGGAGGGAGAUUGUUCAAGCGGAUCUGAUUUUGAGGGUUCGCUAUGUGAAGAAUCUGGACAAUGCCCUGAAUGCUUGGGAGAACCUGGAGAGCAUAAAAAGAAUGAGUUUCGCAGGAUGUGUCCCAUGCAUCUUAAGCCGGAUGAUGGUGAGAGUGACUCUAGUGAUGGACCUCAUUCUAGAGGGAGAAGAAGUGUUAGUGCUUCCGGCGAUCUUUCUAGUUCUGAAGAACUUGUAGAUCCUGAAAAGAAUAAGUUUAAGAUGAUGUGUGCUAGACCUCUUAGCCCGGAUGGUGGAUCUAGCGGUUCAUCUCGUUCUAGAAGGCGCAGAGGUGCGGAUAAUUCCGGUGAGGAACAUGGCGAAGGGGAUGGUGAAAAUGAAGGGGAAGAAGAUGGAGAUGAAAAUGAGGAUGUUUCUAAUCCUGGAGAAUCCAAUGAUGGAGGUCCCGAAGGAGAUGAAGAUGAUGAGCCAGAGGCUCCUGUAGAAGCGCAACCAAAAGUUGCUCUUCCUACGGAAUCUCCAGAGGAGGACCUAGCUGGGUCAAGUGAUAAGGAAUCAGAAUCUGAUGAGAUGGGAGACCCUCCUAAAGAGAAUGAACAGGAAGCCAGAGUAGAGGAGACUGGGUCAGAGGGUGUUACGUCUGAAGAUGAUGGAUUAGAGUCUAAUAAGGGAGAGACUCCUAAAGGGGAUGAAGAACAAAAAGCUUCUGAAUCUGCAUCCAAUACUGAGGAGGUAGUUCAGGAACAACCAGAGUCGGAGCAAACCGAUGAUAAGGUGGAAGAAUCUACUGAACAUUCACCUUCGCUAGGAGAUAAUGAUGAUGAUAGCGGAACAGAAGAACCAGUAGAGGUUACUCUCCCUCCCGCAGAAUCUAAUGAACCCGAACCUUCACCAAGGGAUCAUGAAAAUGAACAGGAUGAUGAGGAUGAAGAUGAUGACACAAGCGAGGAAUCUGAAAGUGAAGAUUCAGAAUCAGAAAAGGAUCAAGAAGAGUCUGAAGACGACGAAAAAAGUGACGAAUCUGAGGAAGAGGAUGAAGGUGAUGACGACGAUGGGGACGAUGAAGAUGGUGAUGAAGAAAAAGAAGGGCGUAGCAAACGUACCAAGAGAAGUCUUGAGGAUAAUGGUGAAACUGAAUCAUAUGGUGACAAUACACCAGCUGGGGAAGAAUCAUUGGCUUUAGAAGAUGGAGAUAAUUCCACUGAUGAAACUGAUUUGCACCCAGACCAAGAUGAAGAAACUGGUAAGGAAGACCCAGGAGUUGAUGAUGUUGAACAAGAUGAGGAAGAGGAGGAAAAACAAGCUGGCUCUACUGAUUCUGAAGAACCUGGCGUUGUUGCUAGUGGAGAUGAAGAUAGCGACGAUACACCAUCUGAGGAAACUGAACAAUUGGCUCUAGAAGAUGGGGGACACUCCACUGAUGGUACUGAGUCAAACGCUGACGAUCCAUUAACUGAGAACAAUGAAGAUUCCCAAACUGUGGAGUCAGAUGGCAGUGAAGCAAAGCUAGGCUCACAUGAUGAGGGUUCAGAAGAAGAGGGUGAGGAUGACGAAGACGAUGAUCAAGAGGAGGAAGAAUCCGUAUAUGAAGAGAGCCUAGAGAAUGAUACUGGGGAAAAACGUUCUGUACGUGCCAGGAGGAGCCUUGGGGAUGGUGAAAGUGGCCUUACCGAACCACCUCAAAGUAUUUCAGAUGAAUCGAUUAGUGGCGGUGCUACUGGAGAUACUACAGAAGACCUUGAGGAGGGACCGAAUGGAGAAAAAGAAGGUGAUGGAAAAGGAUUCAAGAAGUACCUGACUGCUAAGAACGUUGCCGCGGCUACAGCAGCUACAGGUGCGGCGGGGAUAACAGGAAAGGUCCUGGCUCAGGCAGGUUUGACACUUCUCGCUGCUCUUUAG